AUGCAAAUGCUCUCGUGUAUCGCCUUCACCGCUGCCGCACUCGUUGGCGUCGCUUGCGCAGGAUACAUUCCACACGGACACGCUUCCAGUUACGCCUCGGUUCUUCAACACACUGACGGACACUAUGGUUAUGGCAGCCACGACAACUCUCUGCACUAUGCUGGACAUGGCUAUGCUCACCACGACCACCACUACGAGCACCACGAACCCCACCAUUAUCCCAAGUACUCUUUCGAGUAUGGCGUAAAGGACGCACAUACCGGUGAUCAUAAGAGCCAAUGGGAGCACCGUGACGGUGAUCAUGUCAAGGGAGGAUAUACCCUGGAGGAAGCUGAUGGCACCACACGCGUUGUGGAGUACACCGCCGAUGAUCACAACGGCUUCAACGCGGUUGUCAAGAAAAUCGGCCAUGCCCACCAUCCUCAGGUAUAUCACCAUGGCGCUUAUGGUUAUGAUCAUGGUCACGCUGGUAGCUACUAA